AAAUAAACCAGAGGCAGUAGAAGUAACAUUUGCAGACUUUGAUGGAGUCCUUUACCAUAUUUCAAACCCCAAUGGAGACAAGACAAAAGUGAUGGUCAGUAUUUCUCUGAAAUUCUACAAGGAACUCCAGGAACACGGUGCUGACGAGGUAUUGAAGAAGGUCUAUGGAAACUACUUGGUAAAUCCUGAAUCAGGUUACAAUGUCUCUUUGCUCUACGACCUGGAGAACCUUCCUGCAGACAAGGACGCUAUCGUGCACCAAGCUGGCAUGUUGAAGCGCAACUGCUUUGCUUCAGUCUUCGAGAAGUAUUUCAAAUUCCAGGAAGAAGGCAAAGAAGGAGAAAAAAGAGCUGUCAUCCACUACAGGGACGAUGAGACAAUGUAUGUUGAGGCGAAAAAGGACCGUGUGACGGUUGUGUUCAGCACGGUAUUUAAGGAUGACGAUGACGUGGUGAUUGGAAAGGUGUUUAUGCAGGAGUUCAAGGAGGGUCGCCGGGCCAGUCACACAGCCCCACAGGUGCUCUUCAGCCACAGGGAGCCGCCCUUGGAGCUGAAAGACACAGACGCGGCCGUUGGCGACAACAUUGGCUACAUCACCUUUGUGCUGUUCCCCCGUCACACCAAUGCUGCUGCCAGAGACAACACCAUCAACCUGAUCCACACAUUCCGGGACUACCUGCACUAUCACAUCAAGUGCUCAAAGGAUGCAGAGAAGAAAGAAAUGAAAACAAUCACGGGGAAGACGUUCACAACCCGUUAACGCCAGGGUCACUGAGGCUGCCGUGGAGGACGAAGGUUGGGGCACUUGCUACCCGAUAAUCGUAGCUUUUAAUGUUGCACCUCUGUGGGCUCAUAAGGAAUUCAAGCAAUCGGGGUCUGUUUGUACGACAGUUUGGGGAGUAAUCUGCAGAAACGAGCUGUGCUUGCGAGGACUCGAUCGUUCCAAGAAACAAAACCUUAAUUCCAGUUUGAUUGACUUAAUUUCUUUUCUUUUUUAAUUUUUUUUUUUCUUUUCAAGCUGUUUCGCUUUGCAAUAUGUUACCGGAAAUAAGUUGCAGUAUUUCUUAUGAGAAUAAUACAAUAUUAACUUGUUUUCUUCUGAGUAUUUGAGUUCAAAACUCCUGUAUCUGAAGAAAUACUGUUGGGGUUCAUUAAUAAAGGAGAUCUUUCUAUCUUAAGGG